AUGGCGGGCAACAAACGCACCUCCAGUCAAAUGGACAACGGCAACGACAAUCCCAACCCCAAUACCCUAGAUGAAUAUCAAGCUCUUCACUAUACUGACAAAUUCCAGGAUCUAUUUGAAAUUCCCAAUUCCCCUUCCGAGGAAGUUCUCGCAAUGUCAGGUGCCUUUGUCUUCCAAGAAGCGCCGAUCGACGACAACAACAACAGCAGCAGCAGCAGCAGCAGUAGCAACAACAAUAACAAUGACAAUGGUACUGACAUCGACCCAGGUAACGCUCUUGCCUUGCAAGACCCGACCCAGGGUAUUCCAGUUGAGAACACCGUUGCCACUGAUAUUAACGAACAAGCGACUAUGGAACACGUUGCAGAGCCACCAAAGGCUCCCAGAAAGCGACGCAGAAAAGGCGACCCGGAACCAGACCACUCAGCGCUGGUUCGGGAGAAGACGGCAAAGUCAAAUAGGUGUGGACAGGCUUGCGACCGGUGCCAUAUGCGCAGGUUCAAAUGCGACGAAGUUAGAGGCGGUUGCCUUAUGUGUCUUCGAUCAGGAUAUGAAUGCAAAAUGACUAACAGGGUUACUGGAGAAACUGUCGUUCGAGGCGGAAGGGAAGGUGUGGUGAUUAAUUUUGACGAUAUUCAGCGCGAAAACGACCGGAUCAAGGAGGAGAACGAGAAGCUACGUGAGGAGAUUGAGCAGUUCCGAAGCGUGGUCGGUAAGCUGCAGAGUCAGUUGCAAUACUACCACAGUAAAUUCUCAAUGGGAGCUAUACCAGGCCCAAGCCACACACAAGUAAGCGAUCCUUCCAGAGUCUUACCCAAUCCAAAGUCCCAAGCCCGAGCUAUGCAACAAGCCAAUCCGAACUCUUUGUACGGUAAUCAAAUCAACAGCAACAACAAUGGCACUACCCAACCCGUUGCGUCUAACUAUAACAACAAUGCAUUUUCAGGGAACAUGUCUAUUGGCUCUUCGGCCCCUUUGCCCAUCCCCAACUCCAUGCUCAACGCAUUCUCGCGCUCUGAGUGGGCUCAACCCCGUCUUCCCCAAUGGUUUCCUGCUGUUUCGCGAAACAACAUAUUGACUUAUCUUCCGCGUUCUCAGGUUCUGGCUCCUAUGCAGGAUAACGGUCGAGGUAUGUAUCAGGGCAUGCAGAUGCAAAACUUCCAGGGCUUGGGUAUGCAAAGCCAGGGCUCGCGAAACUUACCAAUCACUCUAGAUGCUCAAAAUGAUCAAGUCAAUCCUCAAGAAAACGCCAACACCCAACCUCAGCACAACCAUGGCCAAGACACAAGCGUAUAUGUCCAAGGUAUGUCCCACAGCAUGAAGACGCUAAACCAGGGUUUCCAGGCUCCGCCUCAGUACCUUACCAAAGGUGCGCAAAACCAGACCUCCCAGCAUGAAAGCAAGAACGUUCAACACCAGGACUUCCCGAAUACAAAAGUGCCAUACAAAACCGCUCACGAUUAUCCUUUCAACUUCCCACAACCUGCGCCGCAGAGCUAUUCGCAACCGGUCGUUCAGUUCCAGGGAGCUGGACAACAGAGCGCAGGGAAUCAGAUUCCGAGUUUCCUUAACGACCCCCUGAGUGGAAUAAAGAGCGAGGAUGACACUGAUGUUGUUAAAUUCGAUCUCGGGUCUGGAUGCUGCUGGACGCCUCUUCUACCAGCUGCGUUUCCCAGUCUUGACCUGGACGUUGCCACGAAACAGGGCUCAACUGCAAACCCAGCAAACACUGGCACCGAUCUCUUCACGGUCAACGACAGCAACAAGCUUUGCCAAGCACAAGACCUAUCCGACCCAGAGAUCCUCAGUCUUCUAGAGAGUUUGGAACAGCAGAAACAGUCUCAGCCACUGGUUCAAGAACUAAAGCAAGAAUAG